GUCUUAUUUUUCGCGUACUUAGACUGCUUGUCUAGUGUUCACGCUGUCAUUCGCUUUUAAUGGAUCCUGCUGAUGUCUCUCUGAGCUCAUGGUCUUCUUCUGUGGACAAUCAAAAGGAAGAAUAUAAAAUUUGGGACUACAAUCCGUCCAUCGCAGCGGCCGCAGUCGGUGCUGGGGUCUGUGGAUUUCUUACACUUCUUCAUGCUCUCCGGUUGGCAAGAAAUCGCGUCGGAUUCUGUAUACCAUUCAUCAUCGGUGGAUUGUUCGAAACAAUCGGAUACGCUGCUCGUGCCGGAGCCUACAACAACACGGAGUCCCUACCGCCAUACGUCGCCCAAUCCCUCCUCAUCCUCCUCGCUCCAAUCUUCUUCGCCGCAUCUAUCUACGCCAUCCUCGGGCGCCUCAUACGCCGUGUUGAUGGUGACAACAUUUCCAUUGUCCACCCUUCAGUCAUGACGCGUUUCUUCGUCAUCGGCGACGUCCUUUGUUUCCUGAUCCAGGGUGGUGGCGGCGGCAUACUCUCGCAGGCAAAAAAUCAGAGUGACAUGGAUCUCGGCAACAACACAAUUCUUGUUGGCCUUGGUCUGCAGAUUUACUUAUUCUGCUUCUUUGUUAAGAUUGCGGGAAGCUUUCACAGAGACCUGCAGAACCAUCUCACCGUUUCUGCAAUGGAUGGAAAGUUCCCAUGGCGGAGAUAUAUGGUUCUGCUAUAUGUGGCAUGUUCGUGCGUCGGGUUAAGGAAUACGUACCGGGUGGUGGAAUAUGCGAUGGGGAAGGACGGAUUUCUUCUUAGCCACGAAUGGCCUCUUUACGUUGGCGAUUUUGCACUUAUGGCAGUUACUCUUAUCGUCUGCUUAGCGUGGUACGAUCCGAAUAUAAGACCCCGGCGAACACCGACGGAUGGCGCGGAAAUGGAACUCUUAUGAGGGGAGAAAGUUAUAGUUAUUUCGAGUUAAAAUAUCUCUUAUGUUCUACAGUGUAG